AUGAAUAUUGAAAACAAUUACAAAAUCUUAACUCAUACGCAAAACAGAUCAAAAGCAGAAUGCACUUGUGAAGAUAUGAAUAAACAUGUGUUGAAAGGUAAUGACACUAAUCCAUUAAAAAUAAAUGAAACAUGGAAUGUUCAAGCAGGGGAUGUUAAUAAGAAUAGUAACAAGUGUAAUAUCAAAAAUACAGACAAAAAAUUUAUGGAAUAUGAAAUAACUAAAAAGAUAGAAAAGAAAAGCAUGACCUUAGAUUUACAUGAGAUUGAUAAAUUGGAAUAUGAAAAUGAAAAAGGAAAAUCUUUUUACAUGGGAACGAAAAAUGACACCAGUUGUUCGAGUUACACGGAGGAAUACUCUAAUAAGAACGACAAGGAGGAGGAUAGCAAUGUUAUGGAAAAUAAUGGCAAAGAGGAAAUUGUAAGUUUAAGGGUUAACCGUGCAGAAGAUGAAAGUGCUAAUUAUAAGUGUAAUAGAAAAGGGAAAAUGUGGAAGAAUAACAUUUUAGAGGGUGAGAUAGAAAUAUUGACACAUAGAGAGGUAGAACUAAAUAAACAUGUAACCCCAAAUGAAUUGGACAAAGGUGGCAAUAACAUAAGUGAAAGUGAGAUGGUAGUAAAAAUAAAUUACUCCAAUCGUUAUACGAAAGAAUACACCUGCGAUGAAAGCUUAAGAAAAAUAAAAGAAACUACUACAUCGCUAAUUAACAGUAGCAAAAACGUAAAAAAGAAGAAAUGCAAGUCCAGUAAAGAAUUCUGUAAUAAAACAAAUGAUGGUAAUUUAGAAUUGAAAUAUGAAUGCAAUAACAUGGCGGUUAAUCAGAUAACCGAUCAGGGAAAUGUGUGUAAUGAAAAGAAUGAGAAUACAUCAAAUAGAAAAGGUAAUUAUGAAAUGCUUAAUGAUGAAGAAAAAGAGCAUCGAAUGGAUGAUUUAAUAAAUAAUAAGAACAAGAGGAAACAUUCUGAUGAUAAUGGCAAAAAUAUAUAUGACACAAAUUCUUGCGAAAAAGGGAAUAAGAAAAAAAAGAAAACAUUUUCACAUUUUAAGGAUAAUGAAAGUGUAAAAAAGGAAAAAACAAAAAGUAAUCAUAAAAGAGGAAAAAUUGGAAAAGUGGAAAAUAGCGUCCAACUUAUUUAUGAAAAGGAUCAGAAAGAUGUACAGAGUGAAGAUGGCUCUACGGUUGAAUGCUGUACUCAAGAAAAUGUAAAUAAGGAGGAACAACUAAAUGAUGGUAACCAAAUAGGUAAAGAUGACAAAAUCCACAACACAUCAGAAGAUAACAUAAUGGCGGGAACUAAGAAAAAUACAAGUAUGAAAGAAGGAAUUAGUCGUAAUAUAGACGAAUUCCAUGGUACAAAGGAUACAAAAAAAACAUCUAAUGAAAAUGGUGAAGGGCAUGUGAAGAAAAAAUAUGUAAGGCUUUUGAAAAGUCUGGAAACGAAUUUAUCGAAAAAAAUGUUAGAACAGGAAUGUGCAAAAAGAAUUCAAACAUGGGGAGAAAAAUUUACUUUAGAACAAAAAAUUAAUCAGUUUAUAAAGAAUAAAAUAGCUACAAGAACAGAAUACAAAUACGGGAAGAAGCAAAAUACAUUAUCUAUAUGUAACCAGUUUAAUUUGUAUAAUCACUUAACCAUGUUAAAUGAUUUUAACAGGUUGCAUUAUUACAGAGCAGCAAUGAGAUGGACAGGGCAUAAGGAUGUGUGUGAAUAUAUAGAGAGAGAUGUGAUGCCACAUUGUGGAAAUAGUAAAACGGAUUUUUCUCAUAUGAGUAGUAGUGAUAAUAUAUCAGCUCAGAAUAACAGUACAAUAUUAGUUCAGAAUUCUUCUUGCGAAUUUGAAAAGGAAAAUAUAGACAGCAUGAAUAACACCAUAAACGCUUAUAACAGGGAAAAUGUAAAAACGUCAGACGAUAAAAAUGGAACAAAGAAUCCAUAUAUAUUUUUUGAAAAUAAUAAAGAGUGCUAUGUUUAUAACAAAAACAUAAUUGAAAUUGGAACUGGACCAUUGUCUUUGUUAUCUAUAAAUUCCAUUUUAAAUGGAGCUAAACAUGUAGAUGCUUUAGAAGUUAAUAAAGAUGCAUCUGAAAUGGCCAAAAAGUUAAUAGAAGGAUAUAAUUUAGAAGAUUUUAUUAAAAUUAUAAAUUGUUAUUCUAAGAUGUAUGUAUACAAAGAGGGAGAAGAUCAGAGGAGAUUAAAAAGGAAAAAUUCUUUUUAUAACUACCUUGAUUGUAACAUUAAUGAACAAUACUGUAGUGAUUUUAACUACGAUUUAAUAAUAAGUGAAGUAAUAGGAGAUUUUGCUUCUCAAGAGGGGGUAGCAGAUAUAUACCUCGAUUUACAUAAAAAAAUAUUUGCUUACAGAAAAUAUCAGGAGUAUUUGUAUAAAUGGAAUAUGAAAAAUAAAUAUAAUAAGGAUGUCAGUUAUGAUAGCAAUAAUCGAAGCAGUGACAAAUGUGUGUUACAUGACAAUGUGGUAAAAACUUCAUAUGAUGAAGUACAAACAGAACACACAUAUAAUGGUAAAAAUAAGAAUAAUGAAGAACAAAAUAUAAAAAAGGAAAAUAAAAUGUCAUACAAUGAAUUUGCAGCUGAUGAAGAAUUAUACAAUUGUAAAGAGUUUUACAAUAUGAAUGUUAAAAGUAUUCCUUACAGCAUUUCUACAUACUACUGCCCUGUGAAAUUUCCAUACUAUGAUAAUAUAAUAUAUAAGAGUGAAAAUUACCCAGAAAGAACAAUUAUUAGCCCAAAAAGUAAACUAUUACAAUCUGUCAUGCUGGAAUGGUCUAAUUUAUUGUUAAGUGAAGAUGAAAAUGAUAAUGCCGAUUUUGGAACAUUAGAAUAUAUAUAUUUAGAACAAAAUGUAGCUAAUCAAGUGAUACAAAAAAGGAAUCAUAUUUUCCAAAUUCAAAAGAGUGGACCUUUUUGUGGUUUUUUAAUAACGAUAGAUGUUGAAAUUCGAAAGGGAGAACAUUUUGGGACGAAGUAUGGAACUUGUGAUAGUUGGUAUACCAACAUAGUUUUAUUAAAAGAAGAAGUAAAUGUUAAUAAAAACGACUUAAUAAUUAGUAAAACAUAUACAAAUUUGUUAAAUUAUAAUGAACAUGUUAUUGAUAGGAAAACAGUUUUAGUUUCAAGACCUUCGUACACCUUUUAUGGCUACAUUUUAAAGUCCAUAAGACAUAAACCAUUUUUGAAGUUAGAAUCAGGUAGUUAUAGUGAUUCCGGCCAUAGUUCUUAUAAAAAUUCUGAUGAUGAAGACCAUACUUGUAAUAUAAAUAAAUUCAUAUACUUGGAUGAUGAAACUAUAUUAUCGCUAGACCAGAUGAAUUUUCAUGAACAAAUUUUAGCAGAUAUGAACAAACAGAAUAGUAGUAAGAACGAAUCUCCCAUCAUAGAAAUCUUAAAAAAAAAUAAUAAUUCAGAUGAAACACUAGGGGAAAAUAUGUUAAAUGAUUUAGAUGAACAAGCCGUAGAUAAAUGUGAAGAUCAUUCCAAAGUAGACGGUAUAUUAGCAGAUAAUUACUGUAGUGCAAUGGGAGUUAAUUCUUCAGCUAAGGAAGAAUCUUACAGUGCAUCAGUUUGCAACAAUUCCAAUAUUGAUAUAGGGAGUAGGAUGAUGAGUUCAGAAAAAGACACAGAUGGACUUGCGAAUGAGAGUAUGUUUUUGCAAAAUGUUGAUAAGACGAAAAAGUAUGAAGAUUUCUCAAUGGGAGAAAAGGAAAAAGAAGAAGAAAAAAAUUUAGAUAAAAAAAAAACUCACGAAACAGACACAUCUGGGAAAGACAAAGAACCCAACAUACUCAAAGAUUCGUCUAUAAGUAAACAAAAUAUAAAAAGGGAUAAUUUAAAAGAAGAAAAGAACAGUUUAGCAAAAGUCGAAAAGGAUAAUAGGGGAAAAUAUGACAACAUUAAUAACAAUAAUAUUAACAAUAAUAAUCGUAACUGUCAGCAAAAAAACAUAGAAAAUGCGUCAAGCAAAGGCACCAAGAACUCCACGAAUAAAAAAAAAAAGAAAGAUAAUUCACAAAGCAAGAACAAAGACAGAAAAUUAUUAGACAAAAGCAGGGAAGAAUACGAAAACGAAAUAUUUGAUAUCACCAAUAAUUACAAUUCAAACUCGAAAUUUUGCUAUGAAAACUUAAAAGAUAAAAUCUUGGUUUACAAAAAUAUGUUGUAUAAGCUCAUGCUGAUUUACGAGCCCAUUGUCAUUGACUACGACGAACAAGCAACAGUGAUUUAUAAAAAGGAUGAUAUAUAUAACAACAAAGAAAAUAAUGUAAAUAAAUUUGUGAAUAACGUAUAUCAGUGA